UAUAACGUCUGCCCCGAAGGUCGAGGAGUGGGUGAGGCAUGGUGGAAUAUGGAUAGUGACAAGGAUUAUCUACCAGGGGAUAACCUUUCCGACUUUGAUGAUGAUGGUGAAGGUUCUGACCCCGAAUUCUUCUUCGAUGAAGUAGAAGAAUCACCCCAGAAGUUGGAUAUAGGAGACUUGUGA